UCGACAUUUCAAAUUUCUAAAUUCUUAAUGUUCAUGUCGAUUAGAGUGUAAAUUCAAUGAUGAAGACAUCCAUAUUGAUAUUUUAUAUCUGUAUAUAUUGUUCAGCUUUUUUCACAAUUGCUGAAUUAAAGGAAAAAGAAUCAAAACAUAGAUUAGCCAAACGUGGUGCUUUUGCCUUACCAUCAAUGGUCGAUCUGCUAAUAACAAGCUCUUUUCGUAUGAGAACAGAUUUUGCCAACAAUGAAUUGCAAUCUGCAGGUGAGGUUGCUCUUUUGGUCGUUGGGAGUAUUCCAGUUAUCGGUGACAUCAUACGUCUAAUCACUGACCGUCCAAAUCAGAGAUAUGAUAUCGAAAGGGGAUUAAGAGAGAUUAAUGGAAACUUGAAAGUUUUGAAUAACAACAUUAAAAAGAUUGGAAUCAAAGUAGAAGAACUAUCUAAAAAAAUAGAUUUAUCGGUCUUGAAAAAUCAGGUUGCUACUGAUAAACGGGAAAUAUCAAACUGUUAUGAGGAUUUUUUACUUUUUCUUCCAAAUCCAUUAUCCCGUGCUGAACACGAUCGACUUAAAAACUGUUAUUCUAAAUUUUCAUAUGUCCGCCAAAUUGGAAGCAUACUUAAAAACGAUAAGCUGACAUUUAUGCAAAAGCCUAUAUUCGACCAAAUUAUAGAAGUCACCGGUUAUUGUGAUGGGGAAAGAAUCAAAGACGUUUUUGGAUUUCUUCUCGGUAUAUAUAUAGAAGGUUGCAUAGCUUUAAUCACUUCAGAAGUGUUGGAAUAUGGAGAAGAAUCCACAACUUUUAAGGACGAAUGCGUUACUACUUUACGAGUUUCAACCAACGUACUGAAAGAUAUUCUCUUCAACUGCAAAUUAGUGCCGUGCAACAAAUAUAUUCAAGUUAUGACAGAUAUUUUGAAGACAAAUCAAACAUCUGCCAUCGAAUUACAAUUGCAAGCCGUAUUCCCCUGGUUCAAGUUUGUUAUUGUGUCGUUACGAAAAGGGAAAAAUUCUGGAAUAUCUCUAUAUAAUCUACAUGUUUUCAACUAUAUUGCCCUUUCAAGCAGUGGGUACGUGUAUCGCGUGCUUAUAUGGUCAACCUAUUACUUUUUUGUAUAUAAUUUCGGAGACACAUACGGUGUUGGAUACAAGGAAAACGAAGUGGAGUUUAUGUACAAUGGACAGCAUUUGACCGAAUCAACGACUAAUGGACUAACCAUGUUAGAGGGUGUCGUUGCCAAUAUCAAGAUGAUUCUGCCAAUAUGCAAUCAUGACGUAAACCAUGACAUUGAUUCUAAUAUUAAGGAUCUCCAAUCACAGAAUAAUAGAUCAAUUCCAGGUUGGUCAAUAGCAUUAAUCGUUAUUUCUGCAGUGAUUGCUCUGAUUAUUGCUUUUUGCAUCUAUCGAUGCUGUCGAGAUGAAUUAUGUUAACGUAGUAACAUGAGUUCGCCUUGCAAAAUGAAUUAUUUGAGUAACCAGUAGGAAAUUACCAGUACCUAAGAAAUUAUUCGUUUUUGGCAUGACAUGCAAUCAAUUAUGGCGUCCAUAAUUUGUUUGAAACAGUAACAUUUAAAAAAAACAAAGCAAUAUCAAAUCUUACUUUAAAUAAAUUCAUUAUCUGCAUAGUUGAAGGAGGAUUAUGGACUGAAAAACUAAACUAAAUAUUUUUAUUCGUUAGAGUAUACAUUGCUGAUUGUAAUAUGUUUCAGUGUUUCUUGGUAAUUGAAUUACGUGCAGUUGUUAAAAACACAUUGACACACAGUUAUCUCAAUUGAUACAACAACGAAAAAAUCAAAAGAAUUUUGUGUUAAAAUAAGUGGAAAAACAAUUUUGUGUAUACUCAGUACAUAGAUGAUGGUAAAUGGUUAUUCUACAUAUAAGAUAUCACGUUAAUAUAUCCCAGUUUCAUUGCUUACAUGAGUUUUUUUUUUAAAGUUAAUCUGUAUGAUUCUGAAAAUCACUUUUACUAACCAAUUAUUCGAACAAGUGUUUUGAACGUUUAAUUUUCGAUUGAAAGGAUACAAAAUAUUUUCAAACGGAGAUCAUGUUAAACAUUAUACAAGAAAACCUGAGUUUGUGAUAAUGUCUGUUUUGAAACAUCCUGGACUCUUUAACAUAAGUAUUUUUGUAUAUUUUUUUUGAUGUAUUUUUAGUUUUGAAGUUUGACAGUUCUAUGUUUAGCAGUUAUAUCGUUGAUAUGUUUUGUUUUGUUGAAUGUUUUACAACAGACGUACUGUAUUGAUUUUUUUAUUUUAAUUCGAUUAACACUACAAAUAGAAGAUGUGGUAAGAUUGGCAAUGUAGAAACCCGGUGAUAAAUCAUAAUUGGUAGGUCACAUUGGGGGAAAAUGACUACAUUUGGAACAUAUCCGUUGCCAUCUGUGAAACAGAUAUUCUUUAUCAGUCAACAAACUCGUGAUGGCGCCAUUAAAAUUUUACAAAGGGGUGAUUUCAACUUCAUCACUUGACACUCUUCGUUAAAUAAUUUCCUUUCGAGCAGCAAACCUCUUCAAAUUUUAAUAGGAAACACAAGCCCUGAAUAUCGUAUCAACUGGGGAAAUAUACUCCAUAUGCAUGCACUGCUAGAAUGUUACUACAAUUGGGAAGCUGAAAUCAAGUCUUUUGUUGUCAAGUUUUGUUUUCAACUGACCUUCAUUGUCGAUUUCUAGAUGUCAGUCAAGAUAUAAAUAAAGGCAACAGUAAUAUAUCGGUGUACAAAAGUCGUAACUCGAUUUAGAUAAACAAAAAUAAGAAUAAAGCAGACUUAACUGUAUUUGAUGUAUCCUUUAUCUCAAGUUCUGUGUGAUAGAUGUUUUCAAUAUACUAGUAGUUGCCACAUUUGAAUGAUUAGGUGAGAGAGCAUUAUCUCUAUAGAGAAACGAGAAAUAAAGGGAUACUGCUAACUUCUUGUCUUUAUUCCUAAGACGUUUUUGUAUGAAUUCAGCCUAAAUGAACAAGUCAGAACGCAGCUGGUUCCCAUGGGGAUGUCGAUUUUUUGUUGAAAAAGCGUCCUGCAGACGUAACAAAUAUGACGUCAAUCAAGAAAUCAAACAUCUUGAUAAUAUCCGUUUUAAAGAAUUGUUUGUUUGAAUAAGAGUGAAUUUUUACUAGAUACUUAAAAAAAAUGCCUGUACCAAGUCAGGAAUACGACAAUUGUUAUCCAUUCGUUUGAUGUGUUUGAGCUUUUGAUUUUGCCAUUUGAUUAGGGACUUUACUUUUUGAAUUUUCCUCAGAGUUUUUUGUGAUUUACCUUUUUUGUUUCUACAUUAGCCAUUCUCUUUACGAGACAAAGCAGGACCAGUUCUUUCAAUUUGUCUUUUAGUGAGGAAUUUGGUAAAAUUGUGUUAAGAGUAGAAAAGUUAACUUUAUAUAUGAUGAAA